AUGAAUAAAUCCAUUUACGCAUUAUUAUGUUUAUUAUUAUUAAUUUCUUUUGCAGCAGCAGCUGAAAAGAAAGAAGAAGAAAAGAAAGAUUAUGGAAGUGUUAUUGGUAUUGAUUUAGGUACUACCUAUUCAUGUGUUGGUGUCUUCAAGAAAGGUAAAGUUGAAAUUAUUCCAAAUGAUCAAGGUAAUCGUAUUACUCCAUCAUAUGUUGCAUUCACUGAAACUGAACGUCUCAUUGGUGAAGCUGCAAAGAAUCAAGCAACUCUCAACCCAGAAAAUACAAUUUUUGAUAUUAAACGUUUAAUUGGUAGAAGAUUUGAUGAUGAAGAAGUUCAAAGAGAUAUGAAAUUAUUACCAUAUAAAAUUGUUUCAAAAAAUAAUAAACCAUACGUUGUAGUUAAAGUUAAAGGUGAAGAAAAGACUUACUCACCAGAAGAAAUCUCAGCAAUGAUCCUUGGUAGAAUGAAGGAAAUUGCCGAAGCAUCCCUUGGUAAGACAGUAACUCACGCCGUUGUAACAUGUCCAGCUUAUUUCAAUGAUGCACAACGUGCAGCCACAAAGGAUGCAGGUGUUAUUGCAGGUCUUGAAGUUUUACGUGUUAUUAAUGAACCAACCGCAGCAGCAUUAGCCUAUGGUUUCGAUGCCACUGGUGAUAAGGAAAAGAAUAUCUUGGUUUACGAUUUAGGUGGUGGUACAUUUGAUGUUUCAGUUUUAUCCAUUGAAGAUGGUGUAUUUGAAGUUCGUUCAACCAAUGGUGACACUCAUUUAGGUGGUGAAGAUUUCGAUCAACGUGUUAUGAAACAUUUCUUAACCGUUUUCCAAAAGAAGACUGGUAAAGAUGCCUCAAAAGAUAAGAAAUCACUCCAAAAAUUAAGAAGAGCUGCUGAAAAUGCCAAGCGUAUUCUCUCAACCUCUCCACAAACCCAAUUAGAGAUUGAAAACUUCUUUGAUGGUAAAGAUCUCAUUGAAACCCUCACCAGAGCCAAAUUUGAAGAACUCAAUAUGGAUCUCUUCAAAAAGACUUUAGACCCAGUAAAGAAGGUAUUAGAAGAUGCCAAAUUCAAGAAAUCACAAAUCCACGAAGUAGUUUUAGUUGGUGGUUCAACUCGUAUUCCAAAGAUUCAACAACUCUUAAAAGAUUUUUUCAAUGGUAAAGAACCAAAUCGUGGUGUUCAUCCAGAUGAGGCUGUAGCCUAUGGUGCUGCCGUUCAAGGUGGUAUUUUCACCAAUGAAGAAGGUACUGACACUCUCGUACUCUUAGAUAUCGCCCCACUCACCCUCGGUAUUGAAACCGUUGGUGGAGUUAUGACUGCCUUAAUCCCAAGAGGUACAUUUGUUCCAACCAAGAAAUCACAAGUUUUCUCAACCUAUCAAGAUAAUCAAGAUCGUGUCUCCAUUCAAAUCUAUGAAGGUGAACGUUCAAUGACCAAAGAUAACAAUCUCUUGGGUAAAUUUGAUCUCUCUGGUAUCCCACCAGCUCAAAGAGGUGUCCCACAAAUUGAAGUCACCUUUGAAAUGGAUGUCAAUGGUAUUUUACAUGUAUCAGCUGAAGAUAAAGCUUCUGGUUCUAAAGAAUCCAUCACCAUUACCAACGAUAAGGAACGUCUCUCACAAGCCGAUAUCGAUCGUAUGGUCAAAGAAGCUGCCGAUGCCGCUGAUGAAGAUAAAGCUGCCAAAGAACGUGUCGAAGCCAAGAAUACCUUGGAAAAUUACAUCUAUCAAAUUAAAAACACCAUUGGUGAUAAAGAUAAGAUCGGUGGUAAAAUCGAAUCAGAUGAUAAAGAAACCAUUGAAACCGCUAUCUCUGAUGCCCUUUCUUGGUUGGAUGUUAACUCCUCUGCCGAAAAAGAAGAAUUUGAUGAACAAUACAAAAUCCUUGAAAAGAUCGUUCAACCAAUCUUCUCUAAAUUAUAUGGUGCUGCUGGUGGUUCCCCAAAUGGCGCUGGUGAAGAUAUGCCAAACCAUGAUGAACUUUAA